AUGCGAUCUUCAGUAAAAUCGAUUUCGUCAACAAAAAAGAAUCCUAGAACAGCUCGUGCGAAAGCUUCAAAUAAUGAUAGUAAGCAAAGUGCUGCAGUUCCAGUAUUAAACUUAAAUUUUGAAGCAAAUCACAUUCCUGCAAAGGAUAUCAAAUCUGCUCGACCUCAAAAAACAUCAACAACUAUUAGUACAAGAUUAUCCAAUACUAGAAUUCGUCCGAAAGAAUCGAAAAUUACUUCUAAAAUUCAGAAACCGACGGAUCCUAUAAUUAAAAAUGCUCCAAUUACUGCUGAUGAAGCCAAAAAGUUGUAUUCGAACAUGCUUACAUCAUAUGAAAUGAAAGAAAUCGAUAGAUUUGAAGAAAUUUAUUAUUUAGGACAAUAUUCAAAGAAAAUUCAGCCUAAGAACACGCCAAACAAUAAUUACGGAUAUGAUGAUUCUACACAUCAUCUCAAGAUCAUUAUUGGAGAUCAUUUUGCAUAUCGUUUUGAAAUCAAAUCGAUUUUUGGAAAAGGAGCCUUUGGAGAAGUUAUUUGCUGCUUAGACCAUAAAACUCAUAAACAAGUUGCCCUUAAAGUUAUUGUUAAUACACAGCAAAUGCAACAACAAGGAAGAGUAGAAGUUUCAAUUCUUCAACAUCUUAACCAUGCAGAUCCAGAUUACAAGAGCGGUGUUGUUCAAAAUAUGGAUUCAUUUAUGUUUAGAGAUCAUGUUUGCGCUACUUUUGAAGUUCUUGGCAAAAAUUUAUAUGAAUACAGUCGUUCUAUCAGAUUUAAUCCAUUUUCAGCUCGCCAAAUCAAACUUGUUGCCAAAAAAAUACUUUCAUGCCUUGAUUUCUGUCAUCAACAUGGAGUUAUUCAUUGUGAUUUGAAACCAGAAAAUGUUGCUUUUAUUCCUGGUUCUACAGUUAACAGCAGGAUUCUUGACUUUGGCAGUGGCUGCUUCAAUGGCUAUGCCAAAUUCGAGUACAUCCAGAGCAGAUUCUACAGAGCUCCAGAAGUUGUUUUCGGAAUUCCUUAUGGUCCUCCAAUGGAUAUAUGGAGCUUUGCAUGCAUAAUAGUUGAGAUGUUGACAGGAAGACCACUAUUCCCUGCUGCAAAUGAAAGCGAGCUUGUUGAGAUGAUGUUUGAAGUUUUAGGAAUUCCUGACAAAGAAUUAAUUGAUAAUUCUUCCAGGGGUCACGUUUAUUUCGAUGAAAACAUGAAACCAAUACAUAAAAAUCCAAAGAAAAAGAAGAGGACACCAAAAUCAGUGUCUUUGAGAUCAAUGCUCAGAGUUUUUGAUCAUGAUUUGCUUGAUUUACUUGAGAAAUGCUUUUCUUAUGACCCAAGCAAGAGAAUUACAGCGCAAGAAGCUUUACAACAUCCAUACUUCCAGACAAAGCAGAAAGCAAAUGUUCCAAUAGCAAGAAUUUCUUCAAAAAUUGUUAGUAUCAGAUAA